GUCGCGGACCGCUUCCGUGGCAAGCAUUGACAACAACCUGUCGUCCUCCAGCUAUGAGCACGAUCCGAGGUCCCUACCAAGCGGACGCUGGGCCAUGGCUGACACUCAAGAAUCCACCAAGUCAGAGCCUGUGCUGCCAGCACCCUAUCAAUCACCAGUUUUAACGCCUGCUCUCUCGCAGUCCUUGGUGAAGGACCAGGAGGACAGCGACGAAGGCUUACGGGAUAUCGCUGAGCACAUGGGAGCAGAGGGCGCUGACAGCUUCGCCGUAAGCCCCGGCCCAAACGAUGCCAGGGGACCAGCGAUCACAAGGAGGCACAGUAUGGCCAUCCUACCGGGGGCCUUCGAGCUUCCGCAAAGCCAGCCUCUUCCAGUGCCUGCCUGGAGACGACUCCUCCGAAGCCUUGCCAAGCGACUGCUUUGGAAGAGGUCCUCUCCACAGGACGGCAAGGUCACCCCCGAAGCCACCAAGGUGAGGCGGAUUCUUCCGACUCAUUCCGUGGAGAUCCCAGGUAGGUCCGGCCGUCGCCGCGCAGUCGUGCUGCAGGAGUUUGAUGUGCUGCAGGUCCUGCAGAGAAGUUUCCGGUUCUCUCGGUAUUCCUGGCCCUUCUCCGAUCCAAAUGGCCGGCCAAGACAGUAUUGGGAAAUCGUCGCCUGCACUUUGCUCUUGGUGCAGCUCCUGUACAUAUGCUUCCAGACCAGUUUCAUCACCUUCGAAGACUACCAGGAUCAAGGUUACUGGGAGCUGAAGUUGGCUUUGCUUGCGGUGGACGUCUUUUGGGUCAUCGAUCUGGGUAUCAACUUUUCGACCGGCUACCGAGAUGCUACACAUGUCCUGCAUAGCAGCGCCCGCUCCAAUGCCCGGCGCUACCUCCGGUCUGGAUUCGCCUUCGACCUGCUGGCCACCUUACCCUCGCUCCUCCUACACGUGCUCCUGGUGGUCGACCCUCCAACCUACGGCUUCUGGCCGCUCCGGUUGGCUGGUCUUACCCCUCUGGUCCGCGCGGUUCGCUUCCGUGGGGCCUACACGCUGCUGAGCCGGUUGGAAGCCAACAUGAAAUCCUCGGUGGUAUCCUCGGCCUGGUGGCUUUUCCAGCUGUUCAUGCUUCCCAUUGUCUUCUCACACCUCUCCGCCUGUGCCUUAUGGUCCCUCGGCCACAGCAACCUGGAAGCCGACCCAGACACCCCCAGCUGGAUCAAGUUGGGCCUGGACAUCUCCAACGA